AUGACAAAUCAAUAUCGGCUUACAUCUUUGAGUAAUAAUGCAACACAACAACUCACCAAUGAUUCCACAGUGUGUCAUCCAAUCUUAUUGAGUCAAGGAGCGACAAGUUUAAAUGGUUUGUGUGAUGACACGCCAUCGGCACGAGCUGUUGCUGGAACCAUUCUUUCUGUGCAUGUACUGUUGGUGAUUGUGAGCUUGACAGGAUUGUAUUAUAAAUUGAAAAAACUGUCAGCAAUCAAUGAUGAAAAGAAAGUGAAUUAUUUAAGUGUUGCUAGGAAUCCUGCGUUAAUUACUUUGACAUUAUUAGUCGGUCUCUUUCUUAAUGCUGUGAUGAAUGGACGAGUAUUGAUUGGUCGUAAAAUAGAACUCGAUGAAUUUCCAGAAGGUGUUUCCACUGUAGGAAGUGAUAUUUCCAAUAUUUCACACGCUUCUUCGAGUGGUGGUGGUGGUGUCACUAGUGAUAUUUUGUUAUUGGACUCUCCACGACAGCAACAACAUGUAUGGAUGGAAUUGAAUAGUAGUAAUAAUCACAACAUUCAAACGUCAUCGAAUGUGACAAACUCUGCAAUUCAUAACUCUCCCAAUCUAGCACACUCAACACUUGAUUCAUCAACGACGGUCACCAUUGCAGAAUCUGUACAGCAACAACAACAACAAUAUAGAAUUGGACGAAUGGAAUCAUCCUUUGAACGUUUUGAAAAGGAAAAACUUCUCAAAUGGUACAAAUUACUCAUUAGCUCCAAAUUUGUGAUUCUUUCAUAUUGUGCAGUAUUGAUUUUACAUUCUACUAUUUUUCUUAUUUGUGGAAUUGUGGAUUAUUUCAAUUGGCAAUAUUAUUUGGAUCAUCCUGAUGAGAAGAGAAGUUCCAUCUUGUUUGUGGUGAAUAGUUUCUUAUUUUCUCCAUCAGGUUGUGGAAAUUCAACAGGAAAUUUAUUAGUAUUUGUUUCGAAUAUUGUAGUGUAUGGUCCUUCUGCAGUUAUUUUCAUUAUUUGGAGUUUAUUAACGAGAAAGAAAGAUAUUUGGCGUGUUCGAUUGGAAGUUGUUUUAAUUUCUGUGAAUUGGGUAUUUGCCUUAAUUACCUAUGCAUUACCUUCUUUUAUUCAAAUUAUAGAUAUUUUAGUGGAUUAUUAUGUUCCAUGGAUUUCAUUCAUUUUCAUUGCAUGCAUUAUUGAUUGUUUUGUUGCAUGUACUCUUCCAGUAUUCUUCUAUCAGAAAAUCACUCCAUCUUCUCUUCACGAGAGAAAAAUCAACAAACAAGAAUAUGGAAAUGACAUUCAAAAAUGUUUAAGAGAUCCCAAAUGGAAUUCUCUUUUUUUACAAUUCACACAAUCUUCAUUUGCUCCUGAAAAUGUCAUGUGUUGGAAUUCGAUACAACGUUUCAAAACAGUUCCUGAAAAGACUCGAAAAGAUUUAUUAAGAGUCAUUGCAGAUACAUAUUUGAGAGAAGGAGCUCCAUUGGAAUUGAAUGUUGCUCGAAAAGUAUUUAACAAUUUUGAAGAGAUUUUCAAUUUAUUGAAAGAAGAAGGUGAAGCAACAACUAUGACAUGCAAUAGAAGAGAACGAGAAACAGGGAAAACGAUGGAAUUUUUAACACCUCGAAGACGAUCCAUGAAAAUUACCAUGUCCAUUCCUCAUGAUAUUUUGGAUAAGGUUGAGAAAAUAUGUGAGAUGAACAUGAUGGACAAUUUCGAUCAAUUCUAUGUGAUUCAUUAUAAGGCAUUGACCUUGGAAUUGGGAAUUUCAUAA